CUGAAUAUAAUAUUUUCAAGCUCAGUGAGUCGGGGUUAGAGUUCAGUCAAUAUUGAUGAUGUCAUCGUCUGAAGAUGGCUGAAGGGGAAGGCUGGUGGGGAGGCUGGCUUCAGCAAAGCUUCCAGGCCGUCAAAGACAAGUCGGCAGAGGCCUAUGACUUUAUAAAACGUGACCUGACAGAGUUCUCCAAUGUGGUGCAACAUGACACAGCAUGCUCCAUUGUGGCCACAGCCAGUGCUGUCAGGAGCAAAUUGGCAGUGGAAGGUACGUCUGAUACCACAGAGAAGGUAAAGAAAAGCUUGUCCAGUUUCCUAGGAGUCAUAACAGACACCCUAGCUCCUCCCCCGGACAAAACCAUAGACUGUGAUGUCAUCACACUAGUGGCGACUCCAGCGGGCACCACAGAAGUCUAUGACAGCACCAAGGCUCGUCUCUACAGUCUCCAGGCAGACCCCGCAACAUACUGCAACGAACCUGAUGGUCCCCUAGAACAGUUUGAUGCCUGGUUGUCCACCUUCAGCAUGGAGGAGAGGAAAGGGGAAGUGUCAGACCUGCUGGUCAGCAGCCCCUCUAUACGGGCCCUGUACACCAAAAUGGUGCCAGCAGCUGUAGCCCAUUCAGAAUUUUGGCAGCGCUAUUUCUACAAGGUUUUUCAAUUGGACCAGGAGGAGGCAAGAAGAGUGUCCUUGAAGCAGAGAGCAGAGCAGAGCACUCAUACCGAGGCUCUGGGCUGGGAGGAGGAGGAUGAAGAUGACUUUCUGGGUGUCACGUCCUCAUCCCGCCUCGACUUCACUCCCCCAUUGGACGAAUCUGGAAUCCAGCACCCCACACUCCCGACCGUCCCCAUGGGAAUGACCCCGCUAAGCCCUGUCUUGUCUCCGAACACGGAGCAUGAUGCCACCCUCUCAGUCAGCAGCGACAGCAUCAGCCAGCCCACGCAGGUGGAGGUGAUCCCUGCUCCUACAGCUCCACAACCCGCAGCAGGGGGGGUUUCCCGGAAACUGAACGAGGCUAGCCUGGAGGACAGAGAGCAGCAGGGGCAGGUGGAGGACCAGAAGCCUGGGAGGAAUGGCUUACAGCCUGGAUCUCAGACACAAGCAGCAGCCCAGCGCGAUGCCACGGCAGAGAGCCUGACUUCCAAGGCCCUUGCCCCCACCACCAGGCCAGAACCAGCUAGAGAGGAAGGGCCGCAGGAUCUGAGGGUAUUUGAGCUUAACUCCGACAGUGGCAAGUCUACACCCUCAAACAACGGAAAGAAAGUGACAACACAUCCUGCUCAGCACUUCAGAAGUGUCUUGGCUGUCCUCUUUUGUUCAGCCAAACGGUCCAGUACAGAUGUCAGCGAGGACUGGGAGAAAGACUUUGACCUGGACAUGACAGAAGAAGAGGUCCAAAUGGCACUGUCUAAAGUGGAGGCUUCUGGAGAUUUGGAUGAGGACUGGGAGAACUGGGACUGAGGAGUGCGACAGUGUCAUUAAAACAAGUUCUCGGCAGACAAACCAUGCUUACUGUGUUUUAACUCUUUGUCCACGCUAUCACAAUGUCCCGUUUGUCCAUAGGAGAAUGUCCGCUGAGUUUGGGCCACAUUUCUACCUGGCUAACAGCAACGGACAACCAAGGCAAUAAAGAUGUAGACCCUACUGUCAGCUGACACAUAAAGGUUGCUGUAGGGAAGUAAGUGUUGUCCUCUGGUUCUAACCUGAGCAACAUAUGCCUAGGGAGAAAUGAUACUAGUUUAGGGUGGUCGGUAUUGGUUCCAUUGACUAGACAGAAUGUGAAUGGUUUCACCACAUCAGGGGAAUAUGCUGUAUUCCUUUUUUUCUUUUAUGCCAUUAAAGUACAUGUAAAUUGUUGCGAGUACUACAAAGUUGAGUUGGGAGAAUACCUUUUACCUUCAGGCUGCCGAAUAGCCAUAAAUUAUAAUGCUGCUUAUCACCUUCUAAAGAUGAGAUACUUCACAAGUGAUGUUUGAAUGGCGGUGUAUAUUGAUUCAGCUCUCGUAUGUGUAUUGUUUGUCCCACGGAAUUGAUUGAUAACCCCUCUUAUCAUUUGCAAGUGAAUAUUGUUAAUGGAAAAUAUUUUGGGCUUCAUAGAAUGCAUUCUUUUGGGGAUUCUCUCAGAACUCUAGAUAAAUGGCCUUGUGAGACACACGGCAGUGUGUAAAUGCUAUGUUUUGUUGAACCGAUAUGAUUCUAAACACAACUAAUCCACCUUGUAUGUUUGAAUUUCCGUCUUUUUCUUGUUCAAUCUUUUUCUCUUUGCUGUCUUUUCUAGCAAAGUGGUUGAUGUAAACACGUUUCCUGUCUAUGUUCUGGCUUAAAAUAUUCACAUCUGUUCUCGUCAUUUUGUGUUUCUCCAUUGUUCGUGGGGGGAGGGAGCUCAUCUAUUGUCAGAACAAGCCAAUCAAUACACAAUAAAAAGGCUGCAAAACU